AUGUGUGAAAGGAAGGUUGGGCUUUCUAUUAAUCCAGAGUUCGUGAAAGGGGUUGAUGAAUUCAUUCAGUACGCCAAAGAUCAUCUGGAGAGUAGUACCCGAAUGAAGUUAGGUGUCCAUGUUUUAAAUGGUUUUCUACCUAAUUACUAUGAGUGGAUGUGUCAUGGGGAAGGGUUUCCAAGAGUUCUUGAAGGGCGUUCCAACGAAUAUCGUGAAACGGUUUUCGAUGCUUUUGGUCAUACUCAAGACCAAGGGCAUUCAGAGGAGGAGCCUAAUGAACAAGCCAAGCAUUUUCUAGAUUUGUUGAAGGCUUCUGAACAACCAUUAUACGAAGGGAGUUCAUUGUCUAUGUUAGAGAUGACUGCUAGAAUUAUGAAUCUAAAGUGCGAGUAUAAUUUUCCCCACAGAUGUGUUGAUGGGUUUGCUUCUUUACUUAAUGAAGCGAUUCCUAACAACAACCAUAUGGCCGACACAUUCUAUGAGGUAAAGAAGAUUGUGAAGGGCUUGGCGCUGCCUCAUGAAAAGAUUCAUGCAUGCCCGAAAGGAUGUAUGUUGUUUAGGAAGGAUGAUGCUCAGCUAUCUAUAUGUAGGGUGUGUGGCAGCGACCGAUACAAGAAGAUUUCUAAAGGCAGCUUAGUGCCUUUGAAUGUUUUAUUUUAUUUCCCGAUCACACCCAGGUUGCAAAGGCUCUUUGUAACCAAGGACAAUUUGGAGGAAAUGACAUGGCAUUCAAAAAACCCUCGAGUACAAGGCACAAUGGCACACCCUAGUGAUAGUGAAGCUUGGAAACACCUCAAUAGUUACUUUCUAGAGUUUGCCUUCGAGCCUCGUAAUGUUCGACUUGGCUUGUGUCAAUGGUUUUGA